AACAUCCCGUUAAUUGUUAAUUGUCGUUUUAAGGCGUUUUGGGUAUUGCCGUUAGCUUUUGUGUCAGAGAGACAGUAGAGAGAGAAAGAGGAGAGAGAAAGAAGAAGAAUCAGAGCUCCUAUAUUUGACCCGCUAAAACUUGCGCGUGUAGACAAGUCACUUCUUCUCAGAAGAAAAUACUCAUCUCCUUCUUCACAACAACAACAACAUAAUCACCAUUUAAGCCUCUAAUUUUCUCUCAAUUUCUCAACCAAAAAGCAAAAUCUCUUGCAAUUUCGAUGAUUGGUUUUCCCUUAAUUUCCUCAAAGGAGGAGAAAUCGAGAAGAGUUGUGAGAGUGGUAAAGACAGUUUUCUUCUUAAUAACGAUGCUUAUCUCUCUCCUCCUCUUCUCCGCUCCCGUCCUCCUCGUUAUCGCCGACGCGCUUCUCCCUUCCGCCAUCCUGUCGGCCUCGGCCUUCCCCCCCACCCGGCCCCCCCCCCCCGCCGCCGCCGCCGCCUCUCCGUCGUCUUCUUCUCCUCUCGAAACGCUGUCGUUUCACUUCCGAAACUACGACUUCCGUUACUCCCUCAUCGAUAUCCCCCUUAUCUCCAUCCUCAGAUCACUCAUCAUACUCUGUGUUUAUGGGUUUUGCGACGGGCCGAGGCUAUCGAGAGGACCGUAUUUGGGGAUUACGACGGUGUGUUCGAUUUCGUCGCUGGUUUUCGUGUCGUUUAAGGCUUCGUUUGUGUUUAGCGCCUCCGGUGGGCCGUCGUAUAAUGAAAUAGCCCUCUUUUUGUGCUCCUUGGUUUUGGCUGUCGCCCACAUCGUUGUGGCGUAUAGAACCAGUUGCAGAGAAAGACGGAAGCUUUUGGUUUACAAAAUCGACAUUGAAGCUGAGUCCACGAUGGAAGGCCGUCCUCGGCCACGGCCUAUGGGCAACUUGCAGAUGGAUUAUUUUGACUAUUUGAAAAUGAAAGCUGUGCCCACAUUUGGCCUGGUCAGAAUAAACUUUCUUUAUUUUUCUUUAAAAAAAAAAAAAAUCAUGUGCUCUUCUCCUUUAUUUUUUAAAUUUUUUAUUUUUUUUAGUACUAUCCUUCUCAUCACCACAUAUAAUAUUCUUUUCCCACAAAGGGGGAUCUUAACAGAACGAUACUUGGGAGAAAAGCUAUGCUUUCAACAUGUUAUUCUUGGGCGUUUGUACCGUUGAAAUAACAACCAAAGACUUUAGUACAAAAGUGAUAAAGUAGUGCCCAGCAAUAAAUCAAACUAGGUUUCAGCUUGCAAGAAUGGAUUUCCUAGGUAUCAGAAGAUUCUUCAGGAAGAAAGAACGAAAUAAACACUAGCAACAUAGAGAACUUUUAACAUGGGAUUUCUUCCUUUUGUUCAACUAACCAUGUAUUUGGAGUUUUGAGUUUUCAGAUUUCUUUCAAAAAAGGAAUCAACAAGCUCAAGACUAUUUACAAAAGAAACUGACAAACAGCAGAUAAAUUCAUGCGACCACUUGAACAUGCCGUAUAUGCUAACGUGUGUAUAAAUGGUGUGAACUGGUGAUUGUAGUUAUAGAGGCUGCCAUAUUUCGGAAUAUAUACACAUGCAUUGUUUUGUUUUGUUUUUUGUUUUGUUUUUUGCUUUUCUUUUUGUCUAACCAAAUGUACAGUACAGUUUUAAUUUGUACAGAAGAAAUAUAAGUUUGCGAGAGGCAUUUUUCUGAACUUAUGGUGUGAAAACUUUUGUUGUUUAUAUGUACAGAGGAGUGACUUUUAUGUUUAUUUCAUUUGCCCAAUGUUUGAAAUCCAAUGUAAAUACUAGUGCAGAUCACUAGUUUGGAAGUUUUUGUGCUCCUGAAGAAAUUGUCGUACUAA